AUGGAUGCUGAAGGUUCCUGUUCCUUUCAGUACGUCUGUGUACGGGAUCCGGUCCUGCCACCUCAGCUUCAAUAUCUGUCGAAGACAGCUGAGGUGGAGGCGGUUGAGCCUCCACGACUACUACUUGUACACCGUCCAAGUCUCCGCUACACGCAGUCUCGGCAAGAUGACAGCCUUGUACAUACUGAUUUUGGUGCUGGGGUGGAGACCGUGACCAUUCCGGGCUGUGUUAUGCAGGCGACCGAAGGCCCUACUGGCAUUAGAAAUCCGGCGGGCCGCUCCAUUGUCGAUUUUGGUGUUACAAGAGAGGGUGCUGUCCAGGUAGGUGAAGUUGUCCGCGGCUUGCGGUUAAGCGCCGUUCAAUUUGAUUUGGGGUUCGAAGUAGGAAGUGUCAGGUGACGGCUGGUGCAUAACCACCAUUUUCUCUCUGUUGAUGAUGAGGUCGAAGUUGUCACAGGCGGCUGCAAAGAGGUCCAUGCUCCUUUGCAUGUCCCAUUCUGUGGUUGCCUUGAGAGCGCAAUCGUCGGCGAAGCGAAGUUCGUCGACGGUAGUUGGGGCAUACGCGACUAGAAGUACAUUCGUUUACGAUUGAGGAGUUAGACGUCCGUUCUGUAGACAAUGGCGAUCCCGGGUGUUCGCCACGGUAGGCGUCCAUUAACUUGUCAGACAACAUGAGACUGAAGAGGGUAGGCGCGAGGACGCAGCCCUGCUUCACUACGAUGGCGAGAACCCACUGCGGUUGUCGCAGGGUUGGCAGUUUCCUUUUCGCUUGUGGAGGUGGACGAUUGAAGUCCUGAGGGACCUGUCCUUGGCGCCACACCUCAUGCAUAUCCCACAGUCGCUGUUGCUCAGGGCGGAGACUACGGUUGGAGGCUGCUUUAUUGUCGUCGGUGGGGCCGUUGACGUAAGCUUCGUGCAGACGGUUCUCCUCGGUGAGCAGGUUGCUGAUGGCGGCGUCAUUGCCGUCGAAUCAGUCCUGAUGUUUGCUACGUGCGCGGCUGAGGACAGCCAGGGCGGUCGACUGAACCGUGUCCCUCAGUUGACACCAUCAAUUCUCCACGAAGGCGUUACCGUCGACGGCAGUGGCGGCGACUGGAAGGUUGGCUAGCCUUUGGGCUAGUUCAUUGCUGAAAUGGAGAUGGUGAGCAGGCAAAGACGACAAAGCAAUAUUCAGCUUGCCUGGGGGUCGCUUACCUUGAGGUCUCCUGCAAGGAUGUGGGCAGAUCUGCACCUUGGAGUUGACGAGGCGAUGCUCGGUCUAUCCUUUGGCACCCGGGAUCGUCUUUGUCACCAGUACGUCCCGCUGGUCUAGCUUACGGGCGAGGACAUAGUCCGGUAGGUGCCAGUGCCGCGACCGAGGGUGCAUGCAGGUGGCCUCCUCUCGCGUCGGAAGGCGGAAGUAGGUGUUGGUCAGGAUGAGGUGGUGUUCUGCGCAGGUUCGUAGGAGGAGUGGACCAUUGUCUUUGGAGCCGUCGAGACAGUGGGGAGCUGGCACUUAUCUCCAGGCAGCAUGAUCUAUGCCGAUACGGGCGUUGAGGUUACCAAGGUCAGUCAACUUAUCCGCCUUCGCCAUACUCGUCAGGAGGGCGUGUAGGUCAUCGUAGAACUUUGCCUUCGCCUCGUCUGAGCCAGUCAUCGUAGGCGCUGAUGAUGGUGGCGAAGUUGGAUCCAUGAAGAGACAGGUGCAGGCCCAUAAAUCGGUCGUUGGUGCCCUGCGGCAGACAGGGCAGUCGUCCCUCGAUGUCGCCUCGAAUGGUAAGGCGACGCCCGCGUCUUGUCACUCUGACUUGGGGCGACAGACGGUGUGGCCGGCACCCACCUCCUCCAGUUGGCCUUGUUUGGAGAACCGGGUCUUGCAGCCAAGCUCAGGGAGCCACAUGUGGGAGUUGAGUGCUAGUUCAUGGACGCUAGGCGUACUCAAUACCUGCAAGCAAGGGAGCGACCUACUACGACUUUCACGCGGACCCAGAACUGGACACUCCCACACCCCGAUCUGCAAUAUUCACUGUCGCAGAAGGGUAUGUUGUUGGCACUCCUUCCUUGCAUAUAUCACUGGUCGCCACGCAACUGCUUUUGAAGGCCCUGGACUGAGUUACGAGGCAUAGCUGGAUGAACAGGUCUCGUAAUCUGAUUGGUAGGCGCACUAUUCUGUGAUAGUACAUGUUACGAAUCAAAAACGACGCUGACUAUUGCAGGGAAAUCACUAACGGGCCUCCCAGUCUGACCCAUCUUCGUUGACGGGGCCCCUGCAUUUCAAACGUUUUUUUUGCUAGAACUUCUACUUCUUCAUUUGUCGAGCCGGUUGAUCUCAUUUGAUCUUAAAAUUCCGCCUUUAUCUGUCGUUGCUGUCACAUUUAAGUCUCACGUCUGGUCCUUCACGUUUCUGGCAGCCAACCACUCCUACCGUAUCAAUUUAUCAUUUUCGUUACUUUUAGCUAACGUCCUUUUUCACCUACAGUAGAAUAUUCCUCUGUGUUUAUAUCUGAUGAAAUACCGGCAGUUGAGGAAUUCAUUUGGGUACCUCUGUGGUAGUAACGACACACAAGAUCACCACCAACUCCGUUCUAAUUUUAUCUAUUCUUGAUCAUCCUCCGGCCUGUGCUGUCCACAAUCCCUCAUCAGUAAUAGUCUUUCUAACCGUCAGAUAUUAAUUCCAAGUCCUAUUAUAAUAUUUUAGCGGCGGUGGCGUCCCUAAGCGUUACGUUCUCGACAGCUUUGAUAGUGUGAACCAUUUCACCCCUUUCAUCUGCUCCUGCCAAUCAGCUGCUUGUGAUCAAAUACACUUGGCAGAAUCUGACUGGUUAAGGUGCUCCAAUCGUGUUGUUCCACACUUAUUGACUAGUUGCGCUUCUUACACUGUCUGUGGUAAUAAGUAAACUCUGUGCGAUCUUUAAAAAAAUGGAGGCAAUGACCCUUGCUGGUUCCAUUUUCCCCACCCGUGAAUAAAUGCACUUUUGCCUCAUUAAAUCCCAUUUGAGAAUUUCUCCGUUUUUUAGAUGUAAUAGUGGUUAUCAAAUAGCCGCCUCCGCUAACUACAGUUACACAGUAAGAGGUAUACUUGGAGACACCUAUCUUAAGACGCAAGAGGGAGUCGGAUACUUGACGCCCUUCGGCUUGAUACUCCUUUAUAGAAUGCCUGGGAGCAUACCGCCUUUACUUUUAGAUUUAAACUCAUGGCCAAACUGUUUUUAGCUUUGGCACAUCGUAAAUGGCCGUCAGCGGGCAGAUUCCAUUGGAGUUUUGCGAACUCGAGGAGUCUGUUUCAGCGCCUGUAAGAAUUGAAUGCUGUAUAAAGUUGGUCGGAUGUGGUUUGGUGACCCUACCUGAAGUAAACAAACCCCAGUCACCUCUCAUACGGGACCGGCGGUAAUAGGGGUUUUUAAAGGUUGAGCCGGGGAACACAUAGGCGACAAGGCCAAGUAGUUGUAUGCAGAAUAAAAGCUCUUGAGGGUGCGUGGUUGUACUUCUAGUGGUUGAGAAAUAGUUGCACUAACCCCUAACCCCAACCCCUAAUUAUAAUCGCUUAUCCUUAACCCCAACCGUUAACCCUAACCUUUAGCCCUAGCCAUAGCCCCUAACUAUAACCUCUAACUCUUAAACCCCAACCCCAAAAAUAUUGUGUCCAUCAGGUGGGGCUACCAUACCACAUCUUAAAAUAAAGUUUCCUGAUUGUGAGUCGACGUGAGUGGUCGGUAAAUAAAUUUUACUUACUGUAAUAAAAGUUAUGCUGAUGCAAUUUUUCUAAGACGCUGCUAACCACAAUAAACAAGGUUAAUAAAAUGGAAUGCCAAGAUCGGAAAGCAUACGUUUCCGAUUAUUCAUAAUCAGGCUUGUACAGUAAUCUGAGGGAGGGUAGAGUAGCAAAACGUUUAACAACCAACACGCAUCAGGGAUAGGGUUGAGGGCUCCCAUAAAGCGUUUAUACAGGCCAUAAGGUCCUACUGGCCAAAGGUGAGCCCAGAAUGUACACACCUACUGCCAAGCCGCGUUACAGCGACGAAACAGACAGCUGAUUGAUUGCCAGAUACCUUUCCCUUCCCCUCCCCAAGGCCCCGAUCGAACUAGACUAUAACCCAUGACCUUUGAAUGCCCUCAACCCUCUCCCCACUCCUACUGUUUAUUGGCUGGUUAAACUUUUGCUACUCUGCCAUCCAUUAUGUGAUUGUGCAGACCUGAUGAUAAUCGGAAGCGUACGUUUGCCGAAGUUGGCUUUUUAAAUGUUUGUAUGGGUAUCGUCGCCAAAAGUGGGAUACAUUGUUUAAUUCGUCACGAGUUUUAGUACUGCUUUUUUACGCUGACCUACCCUCUUUGCCAGUAACGCUUGCUGCCUUUUUAUUUUUCUCUCAAUCUGCACUUUUUAUUAGUUUGUGCACAAUCAUCCCCGAAACGGCCGCGUGGUGGAGUUUAAAUGCCUUAUCUACCAUCGACCAAUCGCAUUUUAGGGCGUCUACCUCAGUCGAAAGCCUCCAAGCGUUGCGUGCGGAGUCCUGUUCUCGCAGUUGUUGCUUUUUUGAAUUGUAACAGUCAAUUGAACCCUGCACCCCUGUCCGUCCAAUUUCGCUGUAGGCAUGCCCGCUGUGCAUGUAUAUUCGUUUCGUUGCCACGGUAACCACUCCUGUCUUUUGUCCCAAUCCUCAUAUGGGUGCCCACAGUUAGCGUAAGUUCAGACUUUCUCUAGGUAUUAGGGGAUUCCUUGUAGGACAAUUCAAAACAUACGCGUCCAAUAUGAGUUGUUGUAGAUGUGGGGCCUUUGUCCUCUUCUGGUCGAGGACGUGGCAAAAGUGCAAACUGUCAUGACCCUAAAUUGCGCGUAUGUUUCGUAAUCACAACAUACUACAACCGACCUAGUACUCCAUCGAUCACCAUGAUACUUGUGUCUUCGUCGGUUUUCCUUUCACAAACCCGUUAACCACGGUGACUAUCCAUUACCUGAACCGAACAAACUGGAAAAUGCAACUGCGGGGGAAAGCAAGAAAGUCCGCUUUUGGAAGAACAAAUACUUUGGCUGAGAGGCGUUAGGAAAUAGCCAGGCUUCCAAUAUGGGUCGAUUAGCACUGUGGAUUAGAGAAUUUUUCGAGUAAAAGCCAGCCCAAAUCGAUGGCGGUCUCAUUGAAUGUCUUCACUCCGUAAUAAACUUUCCUCUAUCCUGAACCAGCCAACGUGCGUUGUGCAGCACCGCGAGUCAGGGCUCUCACAAUUCAAGUUUUAGUCGGACUUUCAGCGGUCGAGAAACGCCAAAAUCACUUUUUCGUCACCCAUUUUUACCUUGCAUAGUUUUCCGGAGGAGUGCUUAAGCAUUUUUCCUUUUUUUCUUGAUGGUUUACCUCCGAAAUUGACAGAAUGCCCUCUCUGUGCGAAAGUUAAUUAGGAUUGGAGUUAGUUUCAUUACCUUGCUUUGCAUCAUUAGUAACUUUUAGGAAUUUCUUAUGGCAUACCCUUUUGUGAGUUUUUGACUGCGUGUCCAACCAACAAAUGCGCAUGUUAAAACGCUAAUUGUUGUCAAAGACAAAAAUGAUUCGAAAUAUCUGCCGUUUUCGAUAGAUUACUGCGCUCCACUUUGUUUGUAGCUAGUAUGAGAGGUAUUUACGCCUUCUAACAUUUCGACUUAAUACGAUAAUACUGUUGCACACUGUUUUGAUCGAAGUUAGUAGACUUGCUUCUAGCUGUGUGCUAAUGACCUGUGCCGUCCGUGUAUGUUUCAUUUAUUCUCAUCCGGUAAAGUGGUGCAGAAGUAUCAAUUAAGAUGAUCGCUCACAAACAGGGCAUCGGAGGUUUGUCGAAAUGUGAACUGUCACCACACAUCCUAACUUUUCUGCACUGCCCGUCCAUAUUUUAUCGGAAUCCCUAAUUUGCUCCUGGUUACCGUUUCUGAGUUUAUUCGCCGUCUACUUGGUGGUAUUCAUCCCACUUGCAGCAGGUUAUCCAACUAUGUUUGGGUCAAUGGGAUUCUCGAAGGCAGACCCUGCGAAGCCUGGUUAGAACUGCAAGUUGCCACUGUCGUACUCAUAGAGAAUGUUCAGUUGGUGGAAAAUUUCGAGAACACAGCUGUCGCCUGUUAGUCAGCCAAGAUAAUUAAAAUUGCUGUAAAAUAAGUCGGUCUUCUUUCAUCCAAGGUUGGGUAUUUCAUGGUAGUUAGAACCGUCGGAUUCUGUCUCGCCGUAAGAAGCUCCCACUUGUCAACUUGGUAUGCUUAAUUGGGUCCAAGACAGCAUUUUUUAAAGUUUUGUUGAUCUUUAACGGUCGUCCCGUUUCAAGUAAGCCUUCACCUUUUGACUGGUCGCUUGAUUCCUAUCCAUUUAUUUUGAGUCAGAGAAAAGAGGCUGUAAUGACUGGUGGAUUUACCUGCUGAAAUCAAACUUAUAUUUGAUAGACUACACGUCGAGCCCUCGCGUUUUACUUAACUUACGAUUUGUUUCUUCCGGUUUCUCAAAAACCAGCUGCUUCUCAUUCUUCCAACAAGGCUCUUUAUGUCGGACAAUCACAACAUCCCCCAUUUCUUGCAUAAUUCUAACUGCCCAUAUAUUUAUUUGUGACAGAGUGAUGACUUGGUAGACAUUUAUGAACAUUGUCACCGGAUAAUUGACAGGCAUGAAUAACGUCGAUUUUCCUAACGCGUUGGUUUAUGUGCAUCUUCGUCGUUCUGUUGCAGUCUUGGGAGACAUAAAACCUGCUCUAAGUUUAGUGGACGUCCGUCAUUUCCGCUCAUAUGGAUCAAUCCGUUUACUCUCAGCCAAUUGUAAUAUCGAGGCCAGCAUGUCUCUGCACACCUUUCCUCUAUCUGUUUUUCUAGAGCCUUCUUCGGCCAACAAAACGUCAAAAACUCUUGGAAAAGCGUCAGCGACACAAGGAACUCUUUGACAAACUCUAUGACGCCGCCCAACGCGGAACAGCUACUGGCGACGAGAAGCCAACGGCAUUCUACGAUAAAAUCAUGGACAAGCUAGAAAGUCAGAGAAAUUUGAACAAGGAGGUCCUCGGUAGUCUCCCACCGAAUGUACGUGAGGAGAUCGAAGGUGCUGCGCCGGGUGCUUAUGUGCGACUCGAAAUUUCAGGUAAAAGGACGUGAGUAGUGUACACCUUUCUAUUUUCUUAAACUUACGGUUCUUUAGUCCACGUCCAAGAACCCCCUGUUUUGACAAACAAGAGAGAACUUACGUGCCAAAUUUUACCUCUCGUCACAUUCCUCUCUAAUGACUGCAGUCUGCCUUCAGCGUUGCAUUAACUGUGCGUUGUCAGUUUUCGUGAUUCUGAAUUCAUCCGUCGUGUGGUCCAUACUUCAACAUGGCCUUUUAGAUGUUCAGUCUAUGCAAGCGGUGUUUGACUGUGCUAAUGUGAUACAUAGGAUCGUGCCAGCUAAAUGCCGGCCCGACCUGAUUGAUAAAUAACUUUGUUUGUGACAAACGAAGGUUGUUGCCACGACAGUUGUGGCGGCAAAGUACCGACAACGAUUAUUACGCUUUAUAUGUUUGACUAGCGACGAAAGACGCCGAAUACACUAUGCUACUGCAAAAAUGUCCUCGUGCUGAAUCUAAAGAUGUCAUUGUAGGUUAUUUAGAUUUGGCGUUCAAGGAUCUGGCAUGAGCGUGGAGACGCCGUCCGGUCUUGGACCCUAACAAUUGUCCGCUCAACAACGAUCAAAUAAUGAUCGAGAAGCAUUACUGACAAGGGAUAGGCUAGAAUGGCCACUUCUGACUUGCUUGACAUCCGCCUCCUAUGGUAGGCGUGAGUGUCGGACACGAGAAUGCGGAGCCCUCCGUAAUACAGGGACCUGGUACUAACUUCUAAGGGGGUACCUUUUCCCGCGUUCUUACUUUUGCUCUAACCAUCCUAACUCAAGCAGUAGCCCUCGUAACCCUAAGCCUAAGCCAAACUCUCGUGACCCUGACACUAGCACUAGUCCUUCCUGGAGUUCUGGGCAAGGUUACCUGUAAUACUGGGCGAAGGGUCCACGUUCUCGUGCCCAACCGACGUGAAGUUUGAUUCCGGUGCAGAUUCGGUGAACAUAAGCCGAAAGCAUACGUUGCAGUUGCCCUUUUUGUUAUAGAGAAUCCUGGCAAACAAUAGGUGCUCGUCGGACCCUUACUCGUCAUGUACACAGCCAAAAGUAACUGUAUGUAUAUUGAAAUGAUCCCGUCUAAAAUCAUACACCUAGUUGCUGGACUUUUCGACUCAUUGGCCGAGGGCUGGUUCUGAGUUUCAGAUCGCAGCUUGUCCUUACAAUGUGGCAGCUUGCUUUGUUUAAUUUCCGUGGAAAUUAAUGCGGGAACUUAUAGUAAAUUCUUUGUAACAGGCCUUCUCAUGCACGGUCCAAAAGUGUCUCGGCUUUUAGCAAGUAUCUGUGUUUUUAGUGUGGUAAAUAAUUACACAAAUAUGGCAAAUGUCUGCGCUUUGGAUGCGUGGCAGCUUUGCAGCCAAGCAGCAAAGCACCAGUUAGGCACAGGGAAAUUUUAUAGAGGGCUAAUUAGGAAAGCCAGGCUCUGAGGAUGUCUCGUUCUGUGCUGAAGGUGUUUUUGCACGAAGUGGAAACGUUGUCGUUCCGGGUGCUCUUCAUUCUACCUGAAUUGUUGCCGGGGGCCUAGCUUCAUCUGAUUUCUUCAUUUUUUCCUGCUUUCAUGAUUAGCGGCGGAAUCCUACCACCAUAAGUACAACUUUCGCACACACCAGCGUGUUUUUGCAAGUCCAAAAUGAGUGCAGUAGUUAAAAUAUUUCAGCAGAAGAACUGGACACAGUUCUUUAUUCUGGCAACUAGGCUAAGUCAGAAAACGGACGGCAUCAGGCGUGAUCUAACCGCCCGCCUUCGAAUUCCAUGCCGGCUGUACAAAUAACUGUUUUUCUCCUUUUUCAAACUAGCAAAGCAAGUUUGUUUUUUAACCUGAAUCAGAGAUAAGGGAAUAUAGUUUUCGCACAGCUGAGAUUCAUGUCCUAUAUAGUUCAAUAGCCAAAGCAGCUGGCGCAAAAUAUGAUCAGAGGUUCGAUCCCGUUCUGUCGGAAAUGUCCCAAGUAGUAGACUUAAUGCGUACUUCUUUCGCACAUUGUCCCCGCUGAGGGCUGUCCCGCUAUGCACCACAGUGGAGGUUCUGAGUAUCCAGCAGUUAGGAUAACACAUAGGCUUGUUGUUGUGUUUAGUUGAAGACCGAUUAAAAGCACUUAGCCGAACAAGUAUUUUUAGAAGUCUAACCUUUCGCACCGUUUUUACCUCCUUAGCGGGGGUAGACAUCGUCAGAACUUGGCAAACCUAAGGUCCUGACCCGACAAGUAAGAUUUCAGAAUCAUACAGGGUGUCUGGCGACGGUGGUCCUACUGCAAUUUGUGACCUUCAUUGGAACCGGGUCGAACCUCUACUUUACUUUCAGACCAUAACCAUGACAGACUCCUUCGUCUAACCGUUCUGUGGUUCAAACAACCCACAAUAUCUUGGCAUUGAAAACUGAAUACAAAACUUGGAUCUGUCUUGGGUAUAUCUGAGUGCUUUGGUUUCGUGAUCAUCUAUAGCGAACGGUAAUGGGAGGCUAUUUAUGAGAGUUCUCCAGAAUCGUUGCUCUCUCUUAAACUUCUACAAGGGGUACGGAUUUUCCUCUGAACACAUCUCCCCGACAAAAGGAUUAAUCACGGUUCCUUCUGGAAGAGUGCGGGAAGUUUACAGUUAGUCCCGGGUAAGGGUGAUCACUGGCUGCAACUCUAAAAAUGUUGCCGUCUUAAUUCCUAUAGUUAGCAAAAACUCAUCGUCUGCCUAGUAAAUAAGUUAUUUCUAAACUGUCAACUGAGAGUUCGACCGUCGCUGACGAUGCCCACCGUGUGCUCCACAACAAGUUGAAGCAGGUGCGAUGACUUGCGCGUGAAUGUGGCCUUGCGCAGCAUCUACCACACUCACUCCUCCCCCACAUGGACCCGGUGUCAGGACAGUGGCAAGGAGACCGGAAGCGGGGGAGGGCGCAGGUGGAUGGUACAGUCGAACACGCACCUAGGCGUUCCACCACACCCCUUGAUCCACAACACAUUGGACCAGGGUUUUAACCAACAACGACAAAAGAAUGGAGGCUGGCACGGCUGAAGCCACGCCUAGGCGCGCCGUCACACCUGGCUCGGAUCCAACGGAGUGGGAGUGCAAUAAAGGCCACAUUAAAAAGGAGUCACUGCAGCCUGAUUCUUAGACCACCAGCUGGCCAAUCCACACAAACAUACAGCACUGGGCCGAUUGGGAGGUCCAAUUUAUCCUGUCGGUUGGCAACCUUCCAAGCCACGGCUUUUAGCACAUCGUGAUACCUUCAAGCACGUCAGUCUGUUUGUAGUGAGGAAAAUGCGCUGAGUCGGCGACCUUCCUCUCCCUUCCAAUCCCCGGUCUCCAGCUACUGUCCCAGCCGGUCAGUUGGCCGGUACAGGGAACGGUCGCGGUGGCUGACAUAUCUAGCGACCUUGUCUGUGCUUGCCACAUGCACGACCUGGCCCCCAAACACAAGCACCAGGAUUUCACACAACGAGGGUUGAGCGGCGCACAUCUCGCAUGCGUUAGAGUGCCGUAGGUCGCUUUUAGGAGCUGUUUCAGCCUAUCCCUCAGCCCACCAGUCCGCCACUCCACACAAAGACACACGACUGGACGGACUGCGUGGACUGAGUUGCGGCGUAACAUGGCUACCUUCCAAGCCACAGCGUUUGAGGCGCCGUGAUAAUCUUAGAACUCGGAUCACACAUGCAGCAGAGGGGCCGCAUGGAGACGGAUUCGCGACGCACAUUUCCCACUUGCGCAGGUGGCAAUCGGAUGUUUUUGGUGGAUGAUGAUGGAUGAUGCAGGUGAUGGUGGGGGAAGAUGGAAUUGUGUGGCGUAGCUGGCAGUUGUUUACCGCGGGUUUUCGUGAAUGCGCAUGUGACCGAAUAGGCCCGUUCGGCGAGUGGGUGUUCCAGGCACUGGUUUGCCAGUGUCUGUGUGAUGGAUUCGCAAGCCACCGACCAUGACGAUGUGUGAGGUGAAUGUAGGGGGACAAUGUAGGUAGGAAAAGUCGGCUGUGUCACUGUCGGUUUCAGAGGUCGUGACAGUUGUAGUGCUGCUAAUGGUGGACACGUUGUGUAACGAGAUGUGCGUUGGGUUAAGCAUGGUGGGUGCGCAGUAUAUGCUGAUAGUGGUGGGCGACUGGUGUGGGUUGAGCUAGGCGUGGCGGACGUGCGAGAGGUGCUAGGUGUAUCGAGACUGCGGUCAAUUCCUCUCUCGUGGAUACGCAUGUGACCGAAUAGACCUAUGCGGUGAGUGAAUGUGCGGGGCAGUGUGGACAGUUGAGGCGAAUACGGCGAGUGUAGGUUGGUACUCCAGGCACCGGUUUGCCAGUCUGUGCGAUGGAUUUGAAAGUGACCGACCAGGCGGAUGUGUGAGGUGAAGGUGCGGUUGCAGUGAGGACAGGUAUGGAUCGAGUCCACAUCGCUGACUUUGACAGUACGAAGGUUGAUGUUUGUUGGUGUGUAAGGUUUGUGUGCAGUGAUGGUGGAUACAGGGGCCUCCGUAGAGGAUGUUGAAACAGUGGAAAAGGAGGAGGAAGAAGAGGUGUUGGUGAAGGAUGGUAGUGGGGGUUCGCGAGUGCGGUUAGCGUUAGUUGUGGGCUUGGGGCUUGAGGCAGAAGUAUAUGGGGAGACAGCAGCUGGUGUAGUUCAAGUGCUGCAGUUUGUACGAAGACGUCCUAGAAGGCCGAUUAGUACCCGAAAAGUCCGCUGGCAGCCUGAGCAGGUCGCGGGUAGUUGAGCGUUGGCGUUGCGGGGUGAGCGCAUCUGAGAUUAGCAUGCCUCGUGUUUGGCUUUGGCGGCGGUGACCACCACCGCCACUACCCGUUUCAUUUUCACAACCGCAUCUGCUGAACCGAGACGGAGAACUAUUUCGAGUGAAUUCUCGAAAGCGUUUUUUUCCUGGUUUUUCACCUUUCAGGUGUGCCCUGCCAAUUUGCUGAAAAUUUCGAUGUCCGUCAGCCCCUGGUCAUUGGUAGCGUGGCGAAGGGUGAGGAGGCAAUGAGUUUCAUUCACGCUCGCUUCCAAAACCAUCGGUGGCUGAAGCGUGUUCUCAAGUCGAAUGAUCCUAUCACCGUCUCCCUUGGUUGGCGUCGUUACCAAACUGUGGCAGUCUUCUCAAAGUAAGUAAUUAAUGUUGAAGUACGCGUGACGUUCUCUGUAUUUACACGCAGCCACCCAAAACGUCCCUGACUAUCAUGUUUUGCUCUGGCCGAUCUUCCAUAGGAUUCCGUGCUUAGCCGCAUCCAUUUGCUCGCUCUGAUGUGUCUGUGUGGAACCUAAGUUUGGCAUUCACGGAUUGUUGACUCGUAUCACAAUAACUUAUGUACGCCAAUAGGGAGUUCUAAGAUGCACACCUAAAUUUCCCUUGAAUAGACCGAACUGAACUAAUCGAAUAGUCUUAUAGAGUAAAAGUGACGUUUUGGUCAUCGACUCUACCGAAAGUAUAGUUUUGAGAUACAAAGUAUGCCCACUUCCUCGUGAACAUUGGGAAUACAUCAAAACUCGUUGAGCAAGCCAUUACGCCGAAGAUGUUUCCGCUUGAAUUGCGCAGCGUCAAAUUGUUUUGAUUAGUGGUCCUUACUAAUUCAAAUAUUUUUUAAAGCCGGCCAUGUGAACCGGUCAAUCCAUCUACACAGAGCACGUUUACUGCGAGACGUUUAAACCAUCGUGUGCUUUCUCUCUCUCAAUCUCUGCCGUCCGGGCCGUCGCAGCUGCCUCCGCCCUCCAAGAGGUCUCACAUUUUUGAAAGUGAAAACUCAACGCACUGCUCAACCAUGCACUAAAGCAAACCAUUUGACUUUAUACAAUAGCAGAUCGGUUAUUUACAUGGAAAUUGGCGUCUGUCCGUGUGUUCUUACAUCGCUUGUAUUAUUUGUAAUCGUCCCUAACUCACUACGUUCUCGUGUGGACAUUUUGCCUCUAUUUCUUACGUGCACUACUGGUCUAUGGGCAUUGGUUUAGCUAACCGUGAGAGAUAUGGCCCCCCGUGUUAAGUUGGUGGCUGUCAGUAAUGGAAACGAUUGCACGAAUAUAAUCUUUGUAAUCGGCUACACCACCCUUAAAGGGGUAACAGGACUUGUUGAGUCUGUAUUUGGGGCCUGCAUCAAAGCCCGAAGAGGGAAUGUGAGGUCUCUUUCGUAAGCCAGGCUCCGUAAGUAUACAUAAAACAAACCUCCACCGCUUUCUCUAAAACUCUUAUUCGUCUUUCGGUCAGAGUCCCGUCUGUCAGACCUUAGGAUAGCUGUCGUGCUAUCUAGACAGCCGUUUUUUGCUUGCAGAGCUCCUUGUUUUGUUAGGCACGUUUAAUUGACCGCUAAAAGAGCUUCUUGCGAGGCGUGCUGGGAAAGUCACCCACACACUUCUGCUGGCCUGCCUCAGUGUGACCUCAGCCAGCGUUUAUGCAGGCAUGUUUUGUGCGCACGCAGCAAUGGGCUUCGCCGAAUGGACGUAAGUUAACCAAUGCCGACAAGCAAAAAUGGCAAGAGUUGUUAUGAUAAAAUGCACUUGUUUUUGAAUGAUUGCCCUUGAGAGAAAAUCCAGCUGGUCACGUCUUCCAGCAACCUAAAAAGAGUGCUUAAUGCCGAAAAGCCCACGCAGAGUGAUCAAUCACGCUUAGAGUCACGGUGUUAGAUGAACUUGAGUUGGGACUGAAAACAAAUUAAUAAGGAAGUUAAGUAUUUCGAAGUCCACGUCACUUUUAGUCACAACUGGACCACAUUAUUGAACGUAGGCCAGAGUGAUAAUGCCAAACAGCUGACUCUCAUAGCGUCCAAGAGACAUUUUUCCAAAUAUUUGGUAAAAUAAUUCCGCUUGACCACAUUCAUUUUUGCGUUUAUUUCUCAUUUUUCAAAACGCCCGAGUAACCCGUUUGUCUGCAACCUGCCAGAACCUGUGCAAAAUGGCAGAAAAGAAAUGGCUGUGCUAUGACAUUUUUAGGAUAGUUUAGAAUAUCACUCUUUGCACAUAGACGAUUAAUCAACUAGUGGUGUGGUUCCCUGCAUCUUUGAUCAUGGAUACCUUCGGGUAGGGCGUCCGGCUGCAACAGUUCACUAGCUACCCAUUUGGCACACUAUCAGCAUUAUUUCCGUUCUGUGACUUUCAGCCCUUCACGCAUAAAAUUUGCUUUUUCGUAGGAGUUGAUUUCGUCUAUUUUGCAGGAUUCCCUUAGCGAUGUCAUUGUGUCGUGUAUAGUUUCCUAUACUAUCUCCAGUCCUCAUGUUUUGACAGUGCCCACCAAAGUGCUCAAUAAAGCAAUCUUUAUUAUUACUGUCCCUCUACCUCGACACUUUUUUGUCUCAUGUCCAGGGAGGAGCAUAACCUUCGGAAUCGUUUCCUCAAGUACUCAUUGGAGCAUGAGCACUGUCACAUCACAUUCCGCGGACCCGUGGUGCCAGCAAAGACGGGCUUGGUUGCGUUUGUGAAUUCUGCAUGGCGAGACCAGGUUCGUUGACAGUCGUUUGUGUGAGACCACGGCGGUUUUUGCAGAUAUUGUCCAGUGACAGAAGUGAGUGGUGUAAAUUACUUUGGCGAAAUAUCAACUAUAAGGCAGUUUUCAGAAGUAUGCGUACUGUAGGCCACUUUUUGUGUAAUGGGGAGUCAGCACAUGUGUGACCUAUAUGAACAAUGGCGGAUUAUGCCAGGUCACCUGCUGGCGUGUCCAAACCCGUCUCCAGCCCCCUUGACCUUUUUUUGUGAGUGAGGUUGAUGCUGUGAACUCACAUUCAGGUCACCACUGCUCCCCUUGUCAUUGAUUGUCAUAGUCGUUUGUGACUGCCGAGCUGUUAGUUGCCGUGAAAUCAAUAGACGUUUGAUGUCAGCGUCCACAAAAAGGCCGAAUCUAGCUUAUCCGUCGGUCUCUAGUGCACCACAUCACCAAAUGUUGAUACUAAUUGUUUACGAGUGUCUAUCAGAAAUUUAAAUCUCCACUGCUUGUAGCACGCUUUGCUUGGUUAAGGUAAUUCAGCACACAAGGUCGAAACCUUGAACUCUUAAUACGGUUAGGGGGGGGGUGUCGUGCUUCUAAAUUUUUCUUCCACUGCCGAGUUUUUGUUGAUAUUUCCAAUAAGAAAGAUGAAAGAUUGGCAAUAUAGGGGCUGCAUGGGUUGGCGGACAGUCAGAAGCUUCGGUACCGGCAGUUGUCUUCAUGGCUGAUUGUUGGGCCUAUAAGACGGCACUUUUUGCGGCGAAUCAUCGCAUACGACGAAAAAUAGGUGUUAUACGAUAGCCGAGAACGGUCUCUCCAGGAGUUGGAUACCGAUUAAAAACUAUAGCUAUCACUGAACGAAAAUAAGAUCUUACUGACUCGACAGCUCCCAGCAAGUAACGUUCAUGUGCCAACAUUUUCUGCAACUGAGUAAAACGACUGUGACUCAGUCAUGUCGCCAGCAAAUUAGAAUAAUGCAUUCGAAAUGGCUGUCAAACAACCAGUAUUAGUGAGCAGAGACUGGUCGGUCCUUCUGUGCUACAUCAUUCAACCUCUUACGCACGGCCGACCACGGAGAAAUCAGUGUACUUAAACCGGAAAUUUUGCGGCUUUUGCGUUUUCACAAUUGUAUUACCGUCGGUUUCUUCACUUGGUUUUGUUUGCACAAUAAAACAUUCCGAGCGGCAGCGGUUAUGACUGCUCUAUUUGGACAAUUUACUAGUUUCGAAUCUGCAUCCGCUCCCAUUUGGAGGGUGAUAUUCAGGCUAAUGGCGUUUAUUUUGAUUCUAAUGGAAUUGGUUUGUUGAACAUAAGAAUUAUUUCGCGCCGAAACCUAAAAAGGGUGUUGCACGUAAUUCCUGUACCCGUGCUUACAGCACUAUUUAGCCGCCUCUGUUUCUUUGAUUACUUCCUCUAACCUUCCGACAUAAAACCAUCGCCUACGUCCUCUUCGGACCUCCUGUGGGUAUGUCUGCGCAUUCAGUCCAGUUGAUGUCUCAUUAACUGCGUUUUCGCCUUUCGUGUGGUGUCCAUUUUUUUCAAAUCGUUCUACCGCCGUCUUACUACUGCAAAGAAAAAUUGGUGGAGUUUGUUCCGUCCUUAUUGUUACCCUGUCUUUACCUGAGCAUUGUAACCGACUCAGAAAAAGUUUGCUAGAGGAUUUAGACCUCCUCUCAUGUUUGCAGAUUGCCCCUUCCUUAUUUUGCCCUGUUUUUUUUUCUCUCCGGAAGUUCGGUGAUAAGAUGUCGUUGGCUUCUUGGGCCUCUCUCCAUAAGGUUCUUCCGUGGUACAACCACCUAGACGUAAACGGUCACUAUUUCUCGCAUUGUUUGUCGAAGUUGUUGCGGAGACAAAAGUAUCGAGUUCGCUAAUCCUGCACAAUUCGCCUUGUAUUUGAGCCCACCGUCGUAAUACUUGCUUUAGACUGUUCCUGCUGAAGGUUCUCUUGCACGCGUCUUCCAUAGCUUUGCCUGUCUGUGUUUUGCUAUCCCGUUAAUUAAGGUGGUUCAUUAGCCCGCCUUAUAUCCAAUAUUCUCCCUUGCCACCAGCAAAACAGACGCUGAUGACUCAGUAACAUAAUUUUGAGGUUCAAGCCUAUUGGGCUGAUUUUCUUUUCCAGUUUUUCCUCACCUAAGGGGAGGGUAGUACUGCUGGCAGUCAAUGAGCCGGAGGUAGUCACUAGCAUCCCAGUGUUUGUCGGUUAACCUCCCCACCUCCUCAGUAUUGUGAACCUUGUUGCAUGCGUCAUUCUUCUAUCCUUUUGCUGUUGCCACCUUACCCGAUUUUCCGAUCGUUUUUCGCGUUUCCAUAUACCCCAUUGCAAUUUUUGUUCAAUUAGUUUCAACGCUUUUUGUGUUCCAUACAGAUCGAUAGCAAACCGGGUACCCCAUCUUUCAGAAUAGCCGGCACGGGAACCGUCACCGACUGCAACGAGUCCUUCCAAAUUAUGAAGAAGCUCAAAUUAGUCGGUCAUCCAUUCAAAAUUUUCUCGAAAACCGCAUUUAUUCGUGGCAUGUUCAACAGCGAACUUGAAGUCAGCAAAAUGGUCGGUUCUAAGGUGCAGACCGUCUCAAAAAUUCGAGGUAUGGCAGAAUUAAUAUGGAAUAAAUGGAUGGUCUUCUGACCACAAUUAACCCCUCCCUUUGUUAUUUCUCGUCAACUACGCUUGCUUCUCUUUUAAUGGGGAGUUUUGUAAGCGUCGAAUGCAUGCUUGUUUCGUUUGAGCAGCAGUUUCACCCAGCGACGCCUGUACUGUACGGGAGAGCAUCAUUCAGAUGGAUACGACAGUCCAACCGUAGUGCCCGACGAUGUCCACCGUGUACUCCACAACAAGGUGAAGCAGGCACGGUGACUUUGGCUUAAGUUGGUUUGUAGGGAGAGCAGACUUGCGUAGCAUCUACCGCACUCUCCUCCCCACCCGGACCCGGUAUCGAGACAGAGUCAAGAAGACCGGAGGAUGGGAGAUCGCCGGUGGAUGGCACGGCCGAGGCCGCACCUUGGCGCUCCACUCUACACCCAUGAUCUACACAACAAAUGACCAGGAUUUUAACCAAGAACAAGAGCGCAUCAAUGGGUCAGAAAGGCGAGGAUGACUGGGCGGCCAUGUUCACGACCUGUAUACUCAGUGGGAACGCAAGCGCAUCUAUCGACAGGGAACCGGGGGUCGGAAAUACCAGCAUAUACCAUUCUGCUAGGGCCAUGGUUUGCUGACCAAGGCAUAGCAGACGCUUUCAGACCUUUAACUCAUAUGAAUAUAAUGUGUUUACCACAGUCACAUUUGCCUCGUUUCGAACUCUGUCCGCCAGAUUUUCCUUAUGAUAUGCUGCUUCUACUUUCAAUUAUCAUUCAAGCAGUGGAACAGCCGCUGUUACUGUGCACUGGAAUCGCGAUGUGACCUAGAAUUUUCUACCCAUUUUCGAUCUGACACAGCACACCACUCUUCACUUCUUCCCGCCAUGCUUACGAGAUAUUGAAAGAAAGGUCACGCCAGUUUUUUGCUCAAUCUGUAGUUACAAAUUUCCGAAGCCCGUGAGUCUCCGUGCGUUGAAUUUUUGUGAAUCUGACGAAGGGAAAUCAAAAGCAUGUUCUCCACAUGUUUUUGAUCAGAAAACACCUCGCACCCACGUAGGUGCGCGAACCAAACAAUUGAAGAAUUCAACCCACGGCUCUGCUUAAAAAUUCUCAGUGUACUGCCCGAUUUUUUGCAGCUCCCGCAUAAUAAGCAGCUAUAAUUAAAAUCACGAUGACUACUCGGAAUUUCACACAAAACUACAGUUGAUCCCCUUGAUUGUGUUCCUUUUAAUAAUUUUCCUUACUGGAACAACAGUUUUUUCUCAACACUGAAACUUUGACUAGGUUACGUACAAUCUGAUUAUACCUAUGCCCCACGACUACUAAGUGCCUCUGUGGUGUCGCGGUCCACUGACACUAAUUGACCAAAAACACGUACAUCACAGUCUCUUGCAGAUAAAGGAAGGGCUCAUGGAACGAUCGCAUGCCACAAAUGCACAGCCCAGCCUUUAGCUACCUGACCAAAGCUCUUUAUCCGAUCGAACAAACCACAUUGCGCCCAUUAGCUUUUGCAGUGCAAGCACGAACGGUCCACAGCUCCCCUCGGAUAGUGGCAUGGGGGACUCGUUGUACGCAAAUGCGCUUUUUCCGGCCCGUCAGCGGUCUUGGCCGUUGACCGCUGCCCUUAAGUAGCACUCCUCAAAAUGUACAGGGCCCGCGAUUUGAAAUCAGUCUGCAAAGCGCUUCUGAUAAAUGAAUGGGCGCGUGCUAUUCUGCAUACAUUUUUCUUUGAAAUUUUGAAACCAAGACAAGUUCACCUUUUCCUCUAGGAAGACAUUGGUAAGGAAUCUGCUUCUUCUCACGUUCUUAUAAAAAUCGAAUUAUCUUAACAUUUGGUUCAGAAUUUCGAAACUUGGGCAUCCCUUUUUCUCAAUCUUUGGGUGAAAUAGGUUCUGUUUAUUACUACUGUCAAAUGUCAUGCAUCAUUUUAGCUCAGAAUUUCAUGACUGCCUCCGUCUAAAGUCAUCGUUGAUGUGCCCAGAAGGAUUACUGGGCACGGAGGACUUCAGCCCGUCGAAAAUUAAUAUCUUGUCCAACGCGUGCCUCGUCAUAAAUCAUAUGCUUUUGAUUGGAUUAGGACUGGUCUUAUCCUGAGAGAUGAGUAAGGCCUUGAAACGUCCUCCUCUUUUGGUGACGUUUUUAUCAAGUAAUACGCGCAGGCCUAUGGACGUUGUCUCCAUAACAUCCACAGUCUUGGUUUUUCAGGGCGUUUCAACCUGGUGUUCAGAGCAUCUACAUGCCAUGUGCGUACGAUAUUCCUAUUUAAGUCAAUGCUCAAGUUAAAUCUGCUAGGAAUCUCUAUGCUUCAGGUAUGAGGCAAGAUAUUUGACCACAUUCUUAUCUGAGGCGCACUGACCGACCAUCCUUGAGUGCACCUUGCUCCCUACUUAGUAAACGUUUCUUUUACUACUGCCAGGCUGAUACUGCGUUAUAAAUCGCGCUCGUAGUUUCCAACUCUUUGUUUACCACGGGCGGCGAAGCUUUGCUCUUCGUUGAAAAGCCUAGUUUGUUGUAACAGUAUGAAAACUUCUGGCAUUUAUGCAGCGACCUCAUUGGUCGUGUCUGCUAAUGCAUUUACAAAUAAGUUUUCGCGUCGUGAAAUUGCAAAGCAACCGAGAUCUAACAUGAUGUCUUACGAAUUUCACUUUUAUCCAGGCCUUGUGAAGAGUGCUCUUACAAACAGCUCCAGUUUUAUGCCUGGGGACUUCCGCGCCACCUUUGAAGCUCCCAUUCGCAUGGCAGAUAUUGUCUUUCUCCGCAGUUUUGUGCCCAUCGAGAUUCCCUCCUUCUACAAUCCCGUCCUCAACUUACUCAUGCCUCAGGCUGGCACUGCCACAAACAAUGGAGAGAAGCAGUGGCGUAUGCUGCGGACCCAUGGCGAAUUGCGCCAGGCAGCCGGAGCAAAACCAGAGGUUCGCGAAGAUUCGCAGUACAAGGUAGGCCUGCUGGCUCCUCUCCUGACGGAAUGUUUCCUUUCUAGUCACAGAAGGAAAUUAAUUACACCGGAGAACGAAGUCUUUUGGUGGAUCUCUUUGCGACUGAUUUAAAUAUUCAAGUUUGACCAGUCGGGUCCUUUGUCGACUAAUCAGAACUUUGGGUUCUUCAGUGGUCAUCCCAGAAAAGUACCAGUCUAAUUAGUGUAGCGCAAAACCCCAAGGGAAUCUUCCUGCUGGAGGAAGGCGUAUUGGUGCUUGAGAACAGAAGAUCCAUGCAGAGCAUACACUUUUCAGAUCGCAACGUAGUUUUUUUGGCCAGACCGCGUAUGAGCGAAAUUAUGCAUGCAAUGUCUGCCUCCGUUUUGAAGUGCUUAAAAGGGAUCGCAUAGGUUAGUUAGCUUUUCUGUUUAUUUCCGCUGAAAACAGACUGUACGGCUUGCCGUUGCUUGUAUACAUACUCUAGUUGUUUGCCAGCUAAACGUGUUUUCAUCCUUUGCAUCGCGAAAUUCAUGGCGGCGCGUAUGCCUGAAAAGUUGUCCUUUCGACAGCGCUCAUGACGCGGUCCUCUGGACAUCGAAGAAUUUCAGUAAAACUGGUUUACGCUGUCUUUUGUAGUCAUGCCUAAAUAAUUAUUUAUUUUCGUCCAUUAUAAUUGGUCCGGGGGCUGCAAACUCUGCUGAUUCGGUGCAUACAACUUCUGUCAUGCAAAUCCUGUCAGCUGAAUAGUUGCAAAUCAUCAUAUUUGUUAGUGUUGGUAUUUUUCCCUCAGCCUACGAAUACGUCUUAGCCCACUUCUUCGACUUCCUGUCACGAACUCCUAUUACGGUAUCCGUUGAAAAUGUGGGAAUUUUACUUGUUUCCGCCAACAUUCAUUCCGGCGCUUCUCGUGAUCAUAUUGUACUUAAUUACUUAAGUUUUUCACAUCCAAGAUAGAGUUCCACUAUCUGUUCCGAUCAUUCUGUCCUACUGGGUUUUACAAAAGCCUGAUCCAAUUCUUAACAGGAUAUGCUAGCUAAACCUGAGCAGAAAGUUAAAUCCCGCGACACUUUCCCCGUCGACUUCAGGAUUCUAUAGCUAGCGUUGCCUCUACUCUUCUUAAACUUUCAAAUAUCCUCAGAUUCUAUCUCAACAUUUCUAAGUUCAAUUUUUGGCGCCUGUUGUCCUCCUUCUUGAGCUUGUAUGACGUUAAGAAGAACGCCUCUGAAUAUUCGGCAUUUGUGGUAGCUCGAAGGGAGUUGACAUCCCAAUAAAAAUUGAACUUCCCAGACUGAACGGCGUGUUUGUUUAUCGGCUAUUUUCGUCUUCCAUAUUUUUUAUUUCUUGUGCUUCCGCCGGAAAAUUACGCCGCCACACGCUGAUGACAAUUAAGAUUCGUCAAUUCAAAAUUAGUUCUUUGAUACCAAUGGGUUCAGUUUCCAUUCAUCGACUUUUCACCACCACCGAGUGUCUUCUCUUCUGUGUCUUUUAUUCAAAAUUUGCUUUGCCGGACGCUGUCUCACCACGUCUCAGGUCCUGUUCUGCUCAGACUGCACCCCUGUUAGCUCACCUUAUUAUCUUUCAUGAAAUCAAGAAUACCUGUUAUUGCACAAUUAACUCUACUGGCAGCUCAAGGCCCAGACAUGUGUUCCGGAGCAACGCACUUUUAAACAAAAGUUAAAAAGCUUAACUUUGAAAGAUGUACUCUCAAUUAAUGUAUUUGUUUCUGAGAUUGAAAAACUGAGGCGCCCGACGCUUGACCUCUUGUCAGAAGCGAACCCAAUCCCUAGAAAUAAUCGCUGUUCCAGAUUGAUGUUUGCUCGCUGUGCUUGAUUAUUUCUAUUUCUUAAGCUCAUUGAAUGAGUCCUAUAUGCUAUCACACCAUUCUCCUCCACUUCCUCGCUCCCUUAGACACUGUUGUUCUCUGGGUCGUCUCGUUAUUAGGUGUUCGAGUGAGGGGUUGUUAUGUGUAUGCAUGUGUAUUUCUUGUUUACCCGCCUGCCUUCAACGCCAUUCCACGUUAUCUUCUCUUGAAAACAUCUGAGUGCGGCUCUCCUGACCGGAUUAUGUUUUGGGUUGGUGGUAUUCUUUCUUCCGAUACUCAGUCUGUCCAGUUGACAAUCGAAAAUCUGUCUUUUUCAAAUACCUGUCGAGUGCUUUAAGAUUCCAUAUUAUCCUCUCAAUUCUUAUCGCUUCCCGAGGAUGAUAUAAGAUGAUAUAUUUGUUGACUAUCCUGUCAGCAAAUGAUUAAUCUUUAACUUCCUAAGGAAGACCGUGGUAGCGUCUCAGCGUUGUCGUCGGAAAGCGGUCUUCUGCUUCAUAGUCACAAGUCAGUUCAGUCUUUUUCCACUGCGGCCACCACUCAUUCCUCAAUUCCUUGCCAUUCCAUCCUGACGAGGUCUUUCCUAUCCGGUGCCUGGAUGUUAUCCUGUCUCUUCAUCUCCCAUUCUCCCAUCAUGUCAAAUCUCUCCUUAAUGAAGUUCAUACACUUGUUAACUUAACUACGUUCGCACAUGCUCCUCAACCCGUGAUCAGAUAACAUAUAGAUGUCUGGGUUUUCCGUCUUAUCCCUCACGGUUCUGUCGUCUCCCCUGCUUUACUGAAGAAUAUGCGCAUUUUAGACCGUGUCAUGUGGAUUCUCUCUUCUGUUGCCGCCGUUUUGCUUCUUUGUAGAUACCUUAAGUACGGGAACAUUUUUCCGUAGUUCAGCAAUUUGAUAAUCUGACUAUUCAUGAUAUUUCGCGCUCUGUACUACUUGCUGCGGAGCUGUUCCAGCCAACUCGCCAUGACUACCAUCACAUACAGUAGAUGUGCUAACUCGUGAAAUGUCAACCAAAAUUUCCAAAUGCGUUCUCGUUUCGAAAAGAUAAAUUUAUUAGUGCUGAAAAACUAAUCAUGAUGCAGCAUAAAUCUAUAAUGAUCCAGUUACCUCAGGGUGUCUGCUUUCGAAAGAACUUCUUUUCGGCUGCAUGCAAGACUUAUACUCUGCAAAAAUGACUACUUAAGUAGUAUGCAAUUUUCUCAUUGAUUUUCGAUGCCCUUGAAAAUUCAAUUAUAUUUCAUGGAAAACAUGCAUAAAAAUAUUCAUUCUUCUACUUAUUCGGUAGAAAAUCACGUCUUCUUCCAAUUUCAUACUCAAAAGAAGAGUAUAAUUCGGUUCUAAAAAGUUUCUAAUUGUGAGAUUUUUUAAUACUGUUAAAUGGCUGUUCAUGAAACACCAUGUAUCUGCAUUUACGAAUGUGGCUUGUAAAGUUAACAAUAUUGCUCAAAUCCACUGCUUAUUUUUAUGAACCUCUUAACACCGUAGAGAAAUGCAUGGUUUUCCGUACACGGAAAAUAUACAGCUUUAUUUUUGAAACCCUGUAUGCAAGUGUAACAGCAGGUCGGGUUCAAAAUUAUUCGGGAAUUAGAAAAGUUUUUUAAAACCGAAUUGUACUCUUCUUUUGAGUAUGAAAUUGGAAGAAGACGUGAUUUUCUACCGAAUAAGUAAAAGAAUGAAUAUUUUUAUGCAUGUUUUCCAUGAAAUAUAAUUGAAUUUUCAAGGGCAUCGAAAAUCAAUGAGAAAAUUGCAUACUACUUAAGUAGUCAUUUUUGCAGAGUAUAAGUCUUGCAUGCAGUCGAAAAGAAGUUCUUUCGAAAGCCGACAUCCUGAGGUAACUGGAUCAUUAUAGAUUUAUGCCGCAUCAUGAUUAGUUUUACAACACUACUUAAUUUAUCUUUUCGAAACGAGAACGCAUUUCGAAAUUUUGGUUGACAUUUCAUGAGUUGGAACAUCUACUGUAUCUUGUCAUACAUGGACGCAUCAACGAUCAGUUCCACCAUCUCUGGUAGAUUUCUGACAUGUCGUGAAACUUAAAUCCGGGAACAGAUUGGGCUUUUUCCUACAGUAGUCGUACGAUAACCUUCUCUCUCUCACCCUCUCUAUGCUGCACCGUUUGUUAAAUUAGGCGUAAGAUUUCAAAAAUCAGGUUUGCGGGCAACAACCUAUGUUGGAUAGAGGAAGCGUCGACCUGUUAGUGAACUUUGCUGAUGAAAGUGCGGCCCAACUUUCCGUCGCCAAACGCCUUCAUGGGCAUUCAGCUUGUUUUAUGAUCGACUAUUGAGAUGUGGGGUCUAUUUGUCAGUAAAUAUGAGCUGCGGUCUGACGCCCACCGAGGAAUCUUUGUAUACUGAGCUCAAUGCAGCGUUAAUUUGUUGCCAUUUACUAUCUUCAAUAUUGAAGCAAUGUUUUCCCAGAAUUAAUUUGAAUAGGGCAAAGGCGACAAAGCAUGCAGUAUUUACUGACGUCAUAAAUUUCGAAACCUCUCAUUCAGCUGCGUACGGACUUAGAAAGAUAAAACUUGAUAGGUAACCUGAAACAUGGGUCUAGAAUGCGGGUGCAUAUGACGAGGGGGGGAGGGGGAAAGAGGUCAUCCAAGUAUGCGAGUUAGGACUACAGUGAGAACUUGUGCGGCGUGAUUUAGAGUGCACCGCGCGGGCAGCGUUCAGUCAUGCCGAGGAGGGCGGGGGGGGCGAAGCGAAAUGAGAGCGCGUAUACGGGAACAGGGUUUCGUCCAUAAUCGAUCUCUACCAUGGUAGUGCUAGGUUUAUCACGUGGUCCAGCUGCUUACAGAGUUCUGGUUUCCUCCGUAUUGCAGCGGCUUCUGCAAAGCUCAAGAGACGCCUGGUCGGCGUCCGAAACAGGACCUUGAAUGCAACCAUUGGGUCCACCGUAUGGCCCGUGUCCACAAGGUGCUUUUUGAUUGAGCUCCUGCGUACCUUAUUUUCCGCCUUAAGCAGCCACUUCGGCAUGUGUUCAGCUGACCGAGCUGCCAACCGCCCAAUGUACUUGCAUCCGCAACUACAUGUAAACUCAUAAAUACAGUUUGAUGUGGCGUGCAUAGGCACAAGUUCUUUAGCUGGUCUAACUGGGAUGGCCGUUUUGGUGCUUAUGAACAACAAUUUAGAGGCGGUAUACGUCCUUUCGAUCGUGCACCGUAGUCGUCGCUUGAUCACGUCGUUUGCCACGUUAUCACCCUUGAAGGGGAGGUAGAUGGUCACUGACUUUUUAGGUACGGAUAUUUCUUCAGGAGUUUCUUGUCUGGGAUGGCGAUAUUUAUCGAUGAAUUUUUCCGGAUACCCGUUUGCAAGAAAAACGUUCCUGAGGAGCAGAUUCUGGUGGCUCUGUUGAACAGGCAUAGAACUAAGUUCCGUUUUCUCUUAAUCGGAACGAACCUGAAGAAGUGCAUAUAUUGUCCUUUCCAGGUGGGUUUUCGAUAGAUGGAUCUCUGAAUAGAGCCAUCUGCCUGCCUACGUACAAGAAUAUCCAGGAAAGGCGGUGUGUCAUUCGUCUCAUGCUCGAUCGUAAAUUUGAUCUUUACGUGUGCUUUGUUCAGAGCCUUGAGUAGUAGUUCUCCGUCGCCCGAGUUUUUGACUAUGGCGAAGAUUUCCUCCGCAUAUCGCCUAUAGAAUGAGGCUCGUUGCAAGUUCCGGGCUAGGCAUGAAAAUGUCCCCUAGAACUGGCCCCAAUGGACUGCCCAUAGCUACACCGCUGGUCUGUCGAUACAGUCGCCCGUUGAACAAGAACUGUACAUUCUUUGUACAUAUCUGUAGUAGUUCCCGCAGUUGCUCUGGUGGUAGGUGUGUUUCACCCGCAUGCUAAGUGCAGCGCUAAUUUGUUGACGUUUACUAUCUUAAGUAUCUCAUUUUUGACCCGAGGCAAUCCCCUACUUGCCCGAAAAGUUUAACUUGCCAUCUCUAUCACGGUGGUCUCUUGAUACGCAGUGAGUCAGCGCUGAACCUUUACCUGUCAGUGUUACUGGCUUUGUAUUUGCUUAGUUUUUAUGCAACUUAGCAUUCCUAGAAUUCCUCAAUUCUAGUGAAUUUAAGUAUGCGUCAACAAUGUGUGUUAUUUCAACCGUUGAGACGCUUCACCUGCUUCUCUAUGAUCUCCUUUACACAGCCCAUCAUUCGACAGCCCUUCGUGGCUGACCCACUCACUGUGCCCACUAAGCUGGUAGCGGCCUUGCCCUUCGCGGACCAACCCAAACCUACGAAACGGCAACUGCGAACCAUCCGAUUCAGCCAUGACCAAGUGCGCAAAGCCCGUCUUGCAGGGGUACCCAAGCCAGUGGAUCUGGAGGCUGUGAAUGGCGCCGUCGAGGUGCCUGACCCAGUGGGUCAGGCGAGAAAACGCGCUGAAUUGCUGCAGCGCCUGCGUGCCUUGCAUUCUGUCUUUCUGGAGCGAAAGCAUGACAAGAUGGCGUCGAGGGUCAGCAGCUUUAGGGCCAAGCGCGCCGCUGAGGAAGCCCAGCUUGAGGCUCGUCGCAAGCGAACUCGUAAGCAAUUCUUCGCUCGACAUCAUGGCCACAGUGCGAAGGCGUCCUAG